AAAAAUCCUCUAUAUAUAAAACCAUAUCCUUUACAUUUACAUAUUCCUCUACAACCACCACUACUACCAUUGCCACCUCCGGCAACUCUGUAAACAUCGAGAGAAGCUCAUUCAUAUCUAUAUGGGAUGGAGGCUAACAAUAUAAUCGCGCCAUUCAUCAUGAAAACUUAUCAAAUGGUAAAUGAUCCAAAAAUUGAUGGACUUAUAACUUGGGGAGCAGCAAAUAAUAGCUUCAUAGUUGUUCAACCUUUGGAGUUCUCACAAAAUAUAUUGCCUGUUUACUUCAAGCAUAAUAAUUUCUCCAGUUUCGUUCGCCAGCUUAAUACUUAUGGAUUCAGGAAGGUGGAUCCAGAUAAAUGGGAAUUCGCGAACGAAUGGUUUUUAAGAGGGCAAAUACAUUUGUUGAAGAAUAUCGUGAGGAAAAAACACAGUCGAAAUUCGUACUCAGUUUGUCAGAAGCACGAUAACGAUAGCGAAGACGAAGAGAUUUUGAAUGAAAUUUCCAGAUUGAAGCAAGAACAAAAGGUAUUAGAUGAUGAAAUUGGUAAUAUGACUAGAAGAUUAGAAGCUACAGAAAAAAGGCCACAACAAAUGAUGGCUUUUUUGUGUAAAGUUGUUGAUGACCCUGAGAUAUUGCCUAAAAUAUUGAUGGAAAAAGAUAAAUCGAAAAGAUUGAUGAUUUCAAAUCGCGACAAGAAAAGAAGACUUAUGUUAUCGAAUUCCGCGAGUUCUCAGUCACUAAAAAGUGAAGAGGAAAAAGUAGGGGUAAAAUCGUCAUUUUACUCGCCCGGAUCGAAUUUCGAGAAGGAUGCAUUUUGUCAGUCUUCGCCGUCGUCGGAAUCUACGCCGCCAGUCACCGGAGCUGCCGUGCACGGUGGCCGGCCGGUGAUGAUGGUGGCCAAUGAGGGUUAUGGAAAUUGUCCUACUAUGUCUAGCUCAUUGUCGUCGGGGUCGUCGGAGAGCGGAGGAUUUACCGCCACAGCGAUGGAUAAUUUUUACGGCUACGACUACGGUGGUGGCGGCGGAAGCGGCAGCGGCGGACCUGUGGCGGAGGAGGCAAGUCCACCACCUUAUCCAUUUUCUUUAUUAGGUGGUGGAUUUUAGUUUGAGUCACAAAAUUUAUUUACUACUAUUAUUUUGUGACUUAGAAUAUAGUUUUUGUAAUUAUUUUUUUUUUAAUUUUAGUACUUUUUUUUUUUUUAAUUUAUGAAAAUAUUCUACUACAAAAUAUGUAAUCCGAAAAGUGAGACCUCCCAAGUUAACUUUAACUAUAGGACUAAUUAAAAUUAGCUAGGGGAUACCGGUUCAUUUUUUUGUAGCUAUGGUUGAUAAUUUUGCUAAUUUUAGCAUAAUUAUGUGUGAAGUUUAUUCAA